CAGGGCUUGUGAUGUCACAAAGCAGCACUGGUCUAACCUGGGAGAGGUCCUGGGCGUGGAGGAUGUUAAGACUCUGAGCUUCUAGAGGCUGCUCCCUGACCAAGGAAGCUCUCAACAGCCCAUAUACCAACACCGCCCUGUUGAUGUCUACAAAAGAACACCUUGUGGACACUGCUGCUCUAUCCCUGGUAGAGGCUUCCCCUUCUUCUCUCACUCCACACCUUCUACCUCUGGCUUCCUCUCCAUCACCAGGCCUGUCUGAAAUCUCCUGAUUUUGUGUGUUCACCCACAUUCCUUACCACCUCUCAGACCCCAGAGGCCCUGCUUCCACUGGAAAGACUUUCACCCCAGCCACUUGCAUUUUCCCUUCCCCUACCAUGUCCCCCCAAUCCUGCCACAGCCCCACAACCCUGGUGGGACACAAAAGAGAAGCCAGAACAGCAUCGCAGAUCUCAGCAACUCUCAAAUCUCCAGAUUUUGCGUAUCCAAUUUCAGCAGAAAUGGAUCCAGCUUUUCUGGGAUCUACCCGCUCUGCACAGUGAAUCCUUGGUGGCUGCUGCCUGGACCUCUCAGAACCCUUACACUCUACAGGCUCCUUGCUUAUUCAACAAAAUCACAAAAGCUUGCCCAGUUCAACUGCAGGAACAAAUGACCCCACAGCUUUCCCAGGCCCAGACCUUGUCCUGUCUGGAGCUCCAAUCCCCAUCCUUGAUUGUGUCCACCCUCCAUUUCCAGCCCCCACCUCUGGGUCAGGUCCAGAUGCUGGCCCAUAUGCAAUCCUCUCCCCCAACCCUCCUACCACAUCCUCUACCCCAGAGUAGGGACUAUGGAGCAUCAUGCUGUACAUCCCAUAAUAAUGCAGGACCACUCAUCCCAACUGAAACUCAACACCCUGGGAAGCCCUUGUUGAGAACACAGCCUGAGAGUGGAUGAGCUUCAACCUCAGAAGUUCAAUGCUCUUGGGAAGGCUCUAGACCUUUCACUCCCAGCAACCGUCAAGGCCAGUGGGUCCCUGCAAUCCUUCCUGAGGGUUUUUCAAUCAGCCCCAGGCACUGGAAACAACUAGAGCAACACAUUCAAAAUGUGCUCAUUCAACAUCAGCGGGACCUGCCCUGCAGGAUCCAAGAAUCUCUAGAACUCAAAUGGCCUCAGAGUGACUUAGUUCAUACAUGUCAGGCAAAGGACAAACCUGGCCCCUCCGGGUGCUCCUCCCUGUCUACUGGUGGCAUCAGCAAGGAUAGGAAGGAGAUGAAGUUCCAGCUAGAGAAGGACUCGGGCAGGAAUGUGGGCCAUGUUCUAGGCAAGGUCCCCAUAGACCUCUCCAGGGCCUUGGGAAACUCUUCUGUAGUCUUUCCAGGGGUGACUUCUAUACAGUCAGAAAGAAACAUGGUGAUUCCGACAGACAGUGAUGCAGGAAAUGACAAGAAUGCCCUAGAAGGCAUGCUGAGAGCACAUUUGAGUGUGAAGUCAAGGCAGAUCCAGGAGGGGUUGAUCCCUUUGAGAUUGCGCAGGUCCUGACUUUCUGUCAGUGGACAUUUUUCACCUACAUGGACGCCAGAAAUCUAGCAUCUUCCAUGAGUCAGAAAACCUGUGUGGGCACCUUCCAGAAGCUUUGCCCCCUCGACCCAAGCACUCAGAAGACUCUGGAGACACAUGUAACAAGGCUCUGGGUGAGACACAAGUGGGCCCUCCUCUUCAAGAUUCUUAGGGCCAUAAACUUCUUCAAGGUGAAAAAGGAUCUGCAGUCAUCUGUUCCACAGUUUCCCUGUCCUUCCUUGGCCACAGGUGUGUCUUGUGAUGAUCCCACCACUGAAGAUGCCACAUUGCUGGAAAAAGCACCUCAGGCAUGUCUGAGAGAGGAGGUGACAGUCAGUCGGUCUGUCCCCACUCUGGGCAGACUCUCCGUAUCAUCUGUGAGUAAAGAGACCGAGAAGGCCCUGACAGGGACCUCACCUGGUGAUGCCCAGGGAAUAUUAAAGUCCUCUCCAGCUGGAGAGGGCAGUAGGCAGCCUUCCCAGCAACUCAUAUCCAGCCUCACCAGCACAACCUGUGAGAGCAGAACCAUCGCAGGGGCCAGCUGUGGCUGCCUAGAAGUCCCUGUGGUGUCUGAAAUGUGUGUUGUCCAAGAUGGAGGAGAACCAGGGCUUCAGGCAGACAUCAGGAGUGAGUUUCAGCACAGAGUGGAGGUGAAGUCAAUGAGCCAGUCUCAAGUCUGUGCCCAAGCUGUCCAGGUUCCAGACUCUUCCACUGAUGUGCUCCAAGCUGCAGACAAUUGUCUUCUGUGGCAUCCCAGGGCCAUCACAAGGGCCUCAUGUUUAAAAAGCCAGGUAUCAGAAGGUCUACAGCAGAACAGGGGCGAUAGCUGAGCUAAAGACAAGGAGCCAGCUCUGGCUCCAGCAGUUCCUUGUGAAAACUGUACAUAAACAUGUACACAUAUAUGCACACACACCCCCAUACACAUUAAUGCACACACAAACACCCAUUUUUACUGCAAAAUAAAUGACUGUUAAAAAAAAUU